UUCUCCAACACCAGGGAAGACUUUCAAUUCCCGGACCGCUCAAUCUCUCCUCCUUUCAACACAGAGCAGCAUCUCCACUUCAUCCAUCAUGGUCCACCGCAUCGCUUUCUGGAGCUGCUUCGGCCUCGCCGUGCGCUUCUGGCAAGUCGGCAUCGAGAUGCGCCCCUUCUUCAACCGCUCCUCUCUGUGGGCGUACCCCGUCUAUGCGCUCGGCGGCGCGAGCUUCGGACACUGGCUGCAGGGUGUCGACGACAGACAGGCCGCGCAGCUGGGCGAGCGGAAGAGGGCUCUGCUGGAGAAGAGGGCGAGGAAGGCACAGCGCGAUGCUGAGAGGGGACAGGAGGCUUAAGUUUAUGCCGACUGAGGAGGAGAG